AGCCAUCCAACACAGGCAAACCCGCCAAACGUUAUUCUGGACAAAAACAACAAUUAAGCAGAGUUGCCAAGAUAAAAAUGGAAUACCAUUGCUGAUGUUGGCUAACCUGUUGUUCACUUGUAAAUGAGCAACGGUGACCGGUCGACUGUCACGAGAUAAUUAAGGUUUUAUCGUUAUUUAUUGUGUAUUUUGUCAUUAAUUUGUUUUUAAUUUUCAAACAUGAGUGAAUUUGUAUGGGGAAUUAAAAAUGGUGAUUUGGAGCAAGUGAGAGAUAUCGUGGAAAGAAAGGAAAUUGAUGUGAACAAAGAAAUCGAUGGAAGACCUCCCAUUCACUACGCUGCAGAUUACGGCCAAGGGGAUGUGAUUAAAUAUUUGGUGUCUAAGGGUGCUGAUGUGAAUGCAAAAGAUAAACAUGGAAUAAGUGCAUUGCUUGCUGCUGUAUGGGAAGGACAUACAGAUUGUGUGAAGUUACUUCUUGAACAAGGGGCUUCAAAAGAUGGAAGUGCACCAGAUGGAACAAGUUAUGUAGAUGCUGCAGAAAAAGAAGAAAUAAAGCAGCUUUUGAGGAAAUGAGAUUUAGUGUGAUUGACAAGACUUUGUGGCCAUUUUGGCCUUGUUAUUAAUUUGUCUUUAUGCUUUCUUGUGGGGAAGAAAAAUAUUUUAGAAUAUUGUCAGUAGAGUCACUGAUUUAUCAAAGAUAUGCAUCUGAAUAAAACAAUUUUCUAAUAAUAGAAUAAUAAUAAGAAUUUGACUAUUGAAGACGAAGGUUGAGGUAUAGGUUAUCAAGCCAUAUAUGUGCAUACAUUAUGUUUUACUUGUGACUGCGAUCAACAUUAUCCUUGUGUUGAAGAAGUGCCUUCAUUAUUUAUGAGGCUUUGUGAAAAUGCUUUUCUUAUUUUGAAAAUAUGAAAAUGCUAUUUAUUAGUGACAUAUUACUGACCUUUUGUGGUGAAUAAUUAAGUUUUUAUUAUAUUUAUUUUCAUUUUUGUAUUUUAUUACUAUUUUUGAGCUCCUAAGUUGUUGUUUUUCUUUUCUUUUUUUUCUUCUCUGAUUGUGUGGUGCAUGUCUUUAUACUGCUCAACAUCAUGUGACAUUACUGGCAAUUUUGUUUCACCUGUCUCUCUGCAAUUCAGAAAGUAACUUCCUAGUGCUCCAUCAAGGCUAGACAUUGAGUGACUUUCUGCUACAUUAGGCCUUGUGUUUCUCCCUAUGCUAGACUUCUUAUCCUAGUAGCCCUGUAUCAGGCCUAACAUAAUUGUGCAAACUACAGAGAGAAAGGGAGAGAAGCAAAUUCAACAUCCUCUUGCUGAUUCUCUGAUAAAACUGGAUAUACUAUGGAGAAGCUUAAGCAUGAAGUACGGUUAACUCAGAACUCUAAAUAUUUAAUAAAUAUGGGAAAUUCCUGUAGUUUUUAAUUUAUAUAUAUAAAAACCUGUUGCUUUAUAUUGACUAAAUGUGGUUUUAGACUAAGCCUUUGUACAGAUGGUUUAUUAUUUUGUUCUUGAUGCUGCUGUUCUUACCAAGCUUGCAUUGAACUUGUAUGAUAAAAUGAGUAUUAUACAGUAUUCACUAGUUCUUGUUCUCAUAAUAUGCAAUUACAGAAUACUAAUAAGUUUUGUCAUGAAAGUGGCCCAAAUGUGGUUGGACUUUUGACUUAAAUUUCAAAUGCAUUGCUUUUAAUGGAGCAGUGCUGAGCUACACAAAACUUGUAUGUUUAGAUGCUUUUCAUAUGAUGUAUCAUAACUGAAUAUUUAUUUUCUGUUUGAGAAUCCUGAAAUGUAUUUUCAUAAACAGUAAUUGUUCUGCGAGGGAUCUUUUAUUUGAAAGAAGUCUUCUUUUUCUUCAAAUAUUGAAAUGUUUAUUAGAGGCUAUGUUAUUCAUAAUAUUAUUAAAUAUAUUUCUAAAUUAUAAAUUAAACAAAUAAAAUUUUACAUAUUUAUGAUAUGUGCUAGGUACAUUUUAUUUCGGUAAGGAAGGAAAAAGUAUAUUAAGUUCUAGAUGUUUCUGGAUGAAAAUGCUUAAACAUUUGGAUUAAUUGGUUUCUUGUAUAGCUCAUUAGUUAUAUAAGGACAAUUAUUACGUAUGGAAGACAUCUAGUCACAGAAUGUCAGAACUUACAUAUCUGGUUGCUUUAAUUAUGGGAGCUAUCAAUAGGGGAAAUGUGUGAGAUAUUUACCACUUAAACAUAUUCUUUAACAAAUGCUCCUUAAAUUGAGAAUAGCGUUCAGUAUUUCUUAAUGAGCUUUGAAGGAAACUCAGACAUUUAGGUGCAUUUAUAGAUCAUUUCAUAAUAGAUGAAUGUUCUGAGAAACCAAUUUUUGUCAACAUGUAUUUCAGAUAGUUUUCAGUAAACUGAAUAUCAUAUUUAUAUCUGUUGUCAAAUAUAAAAAAUUGUAGUAACUGGUGGAUUUUGUUGAAAAUAUUGUCAUAAGUGUAACAGGAGCAACAAGUAAGUUCUAUGGUGCACAGUGCCUUCACACGGCCACUGAAGCCCAGUAAAUGAUAGCUUGGCAGUGGUUGUGGUAUGUGGUUAUUAGAAAUGUUAUGUUAUUUCUGGUUUAUGUUUUACAUGAUAAAAUCACCACACAGAAUUUUCUAGAUAUAAUAAUUGUAAUACAGAGUUUGCAAGGCUUUCUUUCUAUAAUUUCUCAUCUAGAAAUAAACUUGUUUUUCACUUUUAUAUAUGGAGACAUUUUUGUUCUUUGUAGUCCUGGAUUUUUGUUUAGGGUGCUUUUUGGGAUUUCACAGAGCUGUAUUUCUGAUAUUUAUUAUACUGAGUAGAGGGCAGCAGUUGUUCAUAGUAUCUGUAUUUUGUAAUGUGGGACUGGCCAAUCUUUUUCAGACUAUCGUGAAGAAAAUAUACUCAAUUUAUGAGAUUGUAUUUUGAAGAAUAGUACCUAAAAUUGUGUUGAGAUACAAGCUUUUGUAGUCAAAAUGUUGAAACCCAAGAUGCUCUUCAAAUCUCUUGUAGUUUUUUUGUUUUGAGGAUUAAGGAAUUAAAGUACAUCACAUUUAGUGAUUAAUUUUGUUACAAUUUAUACUGCCAGCUUCCGAGCAUUGGUCUGUCCUAUUUGUAGAACAAAAAAAUGUGAAUUAUCCCUAUGUAGUUCCUGGGAUGUCUUGCUGCCGCCCUAUUUGACUGGAUGAAGAACAGAAAUGUUGUUGCUAUUUCAAGUUGUAUGAUAGAAAAAAGUUGUUUGUUGACAAAAGCAUAUCUAAAGUGAUUUAUAUAUUUUUUUUCAUUUUUGUGAAGUGUCUGGACUGCUAAAUUUAUACAAAUCUUCAUUAGUAAUAAAUUUAUUAUUCUUUUCAGUACAAUA